UGUCUUGACGCGAGGGAGCGGCGCGUCGGUGUGCGGCGACCGGUGUAAUGUUGGCGCGCGGACGCCGUCGGCUCCGGGGUGAGAUGGCGCGGCGCGUCGCAGUGGCGUGAGCGGCGGGGAAGAUGCCGUUCGUGCUGCGGGCGGUGGAGCCGGUGCACCUGAGCCGCAAGAGCCUGCACCGGGAGGACGGCUCGCCGCUGGUGAACGACGGCGAGCUAGACGCCGUCGCCAACAACACGCUGUGCGGCGUCCUGCGGCAGCUGGCGUCGCUCGUGGUGGUCGCCGGGGACAUCUUCGAGGACCUCUCGGCCCAGCUGCGCCAUGUCGGCGAGCGGUCCAGGAGGCUGCGGGCCAGGAUCUCCCAGGUCGAGGAGAAAGUCGCGGCCUUCGACCCCAAGAAAGUUGCAGUCCCUGAGAGCGACAUCUGCACGUUCAGCCAGCGCGCGCGCCACUACAGCUCGGCGCUGCCCCCGGCGGCGGGGCUGUUCGGCGCCGAGACGCGCCCCCAGGCCGUGCGGCGGCUGUACGAGGCGGCGGCCAGGACGCCCGUGCCCGCGCUCAGGCAGCUGGACCGCCGCGCGUCGCGCCUCUUCGUGUGCACGCCCGUGCUGGGCGCGUCCCGCCGCGCGCACCAGCGCCACCUGGACAUCGAGACCCGCAAGCCGGCGGCGCUGGAUGAGCUGCGGCGCUGGACGUCCCAGGAGGCGGUGGGCGACGUGACGGUGGGGCCGGACUGCUCCGCGCGCAUCGCGCCGCCCCCGGAGGCGGGCCCGGACGAGCUGGACCACCGCCUGCCGUCCCCCGAGGAGCAGGUGAAGACGGUGGCGCUGCGGUUCCCCAGCGAGGUGGUGCUGGUGGACACCUCGGGGCGCGCCUUCGACCGCAUGUCGCUGCUGCGGCGCUCCUGGCUGCACGACGGCGCCGAGGUGCGGCGGCGCGACGGCCGGGCGAGGCGCCCGCGCUCCAGGAGGAGGAACACCAUCGCCGGCACCGACCAGCGCGAGCUCGCCGAGGCCGCCGGGGACGCGACGGAGGGCGAGGAAGGGCCCGGGGCGCCGCGCCCCCUGGAGAGCCUGCCCGCGGCCCGCAGCGCCAGCAGCGACCUGCUGCGGCCCCUGGACGACCCCAAGAAGUCGCACUUCAACAGCCUCAAGCUGUGGGGCAAGGGCAAGCUGCGCCUGAUCCGCAGCGCCAGCGUGGACAAGGGGGCGCCCCUGGAGGACGCCAACAUCUACGAGGCGGUGGGCGCGAAGCGGCGCGCGCUUAAAGCCUCGCAGCUGCCGCUGUCCACGAGCUCCGGGCCCGUGGGCAUGGCCGUCAAGCUGCGCGAGAACUCCCUGCUGCGCCGCAAGAAGAAGGAGUGCGGCGACGACGCGGUUCACUCCUCGUCGGGCAACUGGAGCGCCAGCUCGGAGAGCGGCCGCGCGUCCGUCGGCUCGUCGGAGGCCGCCACGGUCACCUCGGUGCACCCCAAGAGCACGACAACCACCCUGUCGUCGGCGGGCACGUCCAGCAACUCGUCGGCGGGCAGCCGCCGCAAGUUCGCCACCACCUCGGCGUCGUCGUCCUUCAGCGAGGGCACGCUGACGCCCGACAUCGCGCCCUGCCUGCCCGACGACGGCGAGACGAGCUCGGUGUACUCGUGCGACACGGAGGGCUACUACACCUCCUUCCACGUGGACAGCGGGCUGAAGACCCUGAGGGAGGAGGACCCGGGGGGCGCGCCCCAGGCGCUGCACUCGACCAGCGCGCUGUCGGGGUCGCCCAACAGAUCGGCGGAGAGCGAGUACGAGCUGUUCGGCAAGGGCUCGACUAGCACGACCACCAGCUCGGCCGGCACGGUGUGCACCACGCUCAUGUUCGGCCCCGAGGGUGGUCUGCCGGCGCCCGCCGUGCCAGAGAGGAAGAGCUCGCUGGAGGCGGGCGGCUCCCUCGAGAGGAACAUGCAGAAGGUGACGGUGCUGAUCCACGCGCACAAGGACGAGGGCGCGACCUCCGAGUCUCCGGACAGCGGCCACAACACCUCCAGCUCUCCCGUCGGCUCCACCAGCAGCCCGCAGGGCACGCUCACCGCCAGGAGCUCCGAGUAUGAGUUCUCCGAGUCCGACCUGGAGGGCUUCGACCGGAUGGAGAGGAUCCGGGUGAAGACGGCCAUCAACUCGAGCCGCAUACCGUCCAUGUGCGUGAUCACGCCGCCGCAGUCGGAUGACGAGGCGGGUCUGGGACAGUACGGCCCUCUGUACCGGCUGCCCCAGUCCGCGAGCGAGCCGGAGUCGAGACACCACCACAGGCGCUUCGAGAAGCAGCUGAGCACCGACUCGGACCGGUCCAGCGAGAACGAGUUCACGAAGGUGUCGCCUCGCAGCCCGCCGAAGAGGAACUCCUGGUCCAGGCUGGACAGGAUGUCUGGCUCCGGAUACUUCAGAACCGACGACACCUUUCCUUCGAGGUCCCCGAGCGGCGAAACUGUCAUCUUCAACGGCGCGGUCGAGACCCCCAGUCCCUCGGCGGAGCCCCCGGGCGCCAUGCUGGACCGGGCGAAGGGCGUCGGCAGGAAGCAGUCUGCCAGCUCGGAGGAUGCCGGCGACUACGUCACUAUCAUGGACGUGCACGGGAACCGAACACAGGCGCGCCACUUGCCACCGGGCCACGCGCCGUACUACUCCAACAUGGCCAAGACAAAACCUCCCCCCGCCGCGGCGGCGCAGUCGCCCACUCGGGACGAAGAGUACGUGUCCUUGAACGAGCUGCCGUCGUCUGCGGCGACGCAGAACACCGCGGCCUCGUCGGCAGAUUCCUUGGAGCGCAAGAGACGCCUGGGGGCGCGCGUCACGCUGGACUCGGAGGGCAAGGUCGUGUAUUCCUCGGACAGUCUGAAGCGCAACAAAGGAGGCUACUCGUCCUUUGAGCCCGGGCCCUACGUGAAGGACACCAUCGCAUCUCCUGUCGCCAGCCCGAUGACGGCCCACAGGGUCCCCAAGGCGAACAUCCGCCCCGUGACCCUCUCCUCGCCGGCGACCAGGUACCCGACGUCGCCUCAGCUCGGGAAGGUCAUCAUAAGGGCAGGCGGCAAGACGGCGUCGCCGACCCCCGUGGUGGCUCCCCCGCCCGGCGGCCGGCCUCUGUCUCCGCGGCAGAACUCGCGCGGCGCCUACGUGAACGUGCAGUCGCCGGACGACCCUCACCGGGCGCACUGCGUCACCUCGAGCCGCUCCUCUCCGUCCACGUCGCCCGCGGAGGAAGAGGAAGGUAAGAUACCCCCGUGCCCGUCCAACCCUAGGCUAACCUCGUACCUGCAGCGCACCAACCCGGCGCUGUUCGGCCGCAUUAGCGACGCCGUCCCCAGCUCGAAAAUAAAGCGCAGCGACAGCUACCGCCUGGCCAACUCCCCGCUUCUGCAGGCUAGGAAAAUGUCGAAUAUCGAGCUGGCCGCCAACGUAAACGUGAACAGAUUUGACGGGGACGCUUGCAAAACUCUGAAAAGCAACAACAAGGUAGACACUCUGGGGGGAGGUAAGAGCGAGCGGAGGGGGCCGGCGGGGCUGGGCAACGGGAGCUGCCCCGCCGGCCCGCCCAAGUGUGCCGCCGAGGAGGGCACGAGGGUGGUCGACAACCCCAACGCGAGGGGCCGUAAGUUCUAUGGGCCGCAGAUCAGGGUCGCCCCCAGCCUGCUGGGCAGCCCCGCGGGCAAGACCUCUCCCGUCGUGUCCAGGGACACGGAGCGCGCGCGCGUCCUCGCCCACUCAGGUACGAUCCCGUCGUAUGCCGCUCAGCACGGCCACCUGUUGUACGAGGGCCAGCGUAGGGCUGCCACGGAGUGGACCCACGCCGCUCAGGGGGGUCAACACCGCUCGCUGCCGGCACUGCAGGUCCAGGGCUCGCAGACUCUGCCCUCCAGACGCUCCCCUCUCAAGGCCCGCGCGGAGGCGCCAUACGCUCAGCCCCACGGAGACAUGCGCUACAACACCAUCGCGACGGCCGGAGACAGGGAGCGGCGCACGCAGGCGCCGCCUGGGCGACCCUGGCAGGAGUCCAGGUCCACUGCCUACUACUCUAGUCACUUCCCGCAGCCCGAUCCUUGCCCAGCCUCCGCGCGCCCGCCACAGAAGCACGUCACGUUCGUUCCUAGCUCCGGCAGGCGUGCCCCCUGUCUGAACCCUGUGUCCAUCCCAGAAGUUCCUAGGAGUAAUCCUGGAGUUAGAUCCGGGAGCAACGCCAGUGGCUACCCCUCGGCAGGAGGGCUGAACCCGUAUCAGCUCCAAGAAAGGUUUUACUCCUCGACGCCGGAGAAAAAGUCGGUGGUGAGAUACAUCCAGCAGAAUGCCAGCACGAACAAUUUUAGCGACACACUCUCGCCUAUCGAAAGAAUCCCCGGGAGGGAGGAUAAAAAACUUCCCCAAACAUCAGAUAAGAAUUUCUUUUCUCGUAUCAGUAACAAAAGUAACGUUGAGUCCGACAAGAGUCCACGGAAACCGUCGUCGCAAACGAAGUCUUCGAUGACGGCGGAAGAACUCUUCGCGGCCAUCCACAGGUCGAAGAAGAAGCUGAACAUCAGGUCGGAGCCGGGCGGGCGUAGCUCCUCCCCCUCGUGCUCCUCUGCUGCGAGCCUGUCCCCAGGCACCUCGGAGGCGUCCCUGAACGGAGACCAGGCAGCCCGGCGGGACUUGGGGGCCAACCGCAGCCGCCACAGCUGGUCGCCCGACUGCGACGAGGGCCCGGAGCAGCGAGCCCUCUCGCCGGUGACAACCCCCGGGUCCCGGCAGAGCCGCCCGGGACUGCAGACGUCGCGCAACGACUUCAAGCGGCUGCUGCUGCAGCACGGGGGGGGCUCGCGCGGCCGCCUGUCGGCCGUGGAGCAGCUCAAGCUCUCCGGCGUGCGCAGGGACGAGGGCCCGAAGAGCGCGGCCCCCAGGAGCCCCGCGGACAAGCGGGGGAGCAGCCCCAAGCUGCUGCAGUCCCCUCGCUCGCUGGCCGGCUGGAGGUUCGCGUCGCCGCGCACGGACGUUCUCUCCUCCACAAUACUGGAAGAUUGUGCCGGGGAGGAGAACACCUCCGGCUCGCCGCGGGAGAACGCCUCCAAGUCCUCGUCGGGGUCGGACAAGGGGAGGGGAAGCGGCACGGCACGGAGGCUGCUGGACUUCUCUCCGGGGGCCGAGAGAGACACCGUGGCGUCACAACCCGUCCUGGAGCAGUACACUAGAGAGCCGUCCGUCAGGCGGUCCCCUCCGUGGGCAAAGGGGCCCGACCCCGGCGCCCGGCAGUCGAAGGGCCGCGGGCUCUCUCCGGAGCCGCUGUCUCCUUCCAACGUGAAGGAGAACGUGGACGUGAACCAGCAGCGUCUGUCUCCCGGCGCGCUCGCGCUCGCGAAAAGAGCUUACGGGAGCCCGGACCCCCUGUACCGUCCCACUGACCGGCUGAGCGCCUCGUCGCCUCGCGUUAGUUCCUUGCUGGCCAAGCAGAGGUUCCUGCAGAACUGUCCUCCCGCCAGCACUAGGUCCGCCCUCACGGCUCUCUCUCCCAAGACCACGCUCGAGACAGCCCUCUGAGGGCAGGUGUUUGUACUUUUAUAAUGUAUGGUAUGUAAUUAUAAAAAAAGUUAAUGAUGGAAAUAGUAAGAGGCAUAAUCAUAAAAUAAUUGCAUUUUUUUGUAGUCAAAAAUAAUGUUAAAAAGCUACAAUUAUGUCAUAAAGUAAUGUUACGAAAAGCAGGAGAGAGAAAAGAAAUUUAAAUUGUCACUACAUAGAUGUGGCUGUAUAUGAAACCAUAGAAAUAGUGAUGUAAAAUGCACAACAGUGAAAAAAUCUGUGUAGGAACAAAAAAAAAAGCAAGGUGCUUUUAUUGCGUACUCAAACACUUCUUUUUUGUAAAAUCAUUGUUUUUUUAAGUACGAAAAUAAAAGUUUGAUACUAUUUUUAAGUGGCUGAGUCACAGGUGUAUACGCAUAGCAAGGAUGAUCAGUUUACUUUAAUUCCUGUUAAAUGCAGUAAUUAUGUGGCAGUUGUGACUGCGGUUAUUCUGGUUGCAGAUGUUUUAUGGUGAAUAAUAUUUAAUAUUUUAUGAAGUGAUGAAUAUGAUGUAGUGUGUCAUCCUCGUUUGCCUAUUUAUACUAGUUAUAUUUUUCUUGACUUCUUUUAGUAGAUAAGAGUAUUUCUAGUGCAGUAUUUCUCCAACAUUUGUGGGGAAAAAAAACAAACAUUUUCAGCUAAAUUUUAAGUUCAUUUAUUACUUAUACUGCACUUAAAUCUUGAUUUUCACUUUCUUCAGAUUAAUUAUUUAGUUUAGUGCUUAUAAAAGAAACUACAUAUACUUAAUUUUAUACAUUACGUUAGUUCUCUUAAGCAUGCACUGUUUGAUUUUCUGUACAAUUGGUGAUUUAGAAACUUGAAUUAAUAAUUAUAUUGUGUUACAAAGUAUGAUGAAGUGCUAGUUUUGAAGAUUAUGAUAAUAGAUAGUUGUAAAUUUAAAAAAAAAAUUCCUCUAUUCUGCAUUGACAAGUAAGAGUACCUUUUAUCUUCCCAUCAAUUUCAUUUUAUAGUAAAACUACUUAAAACAGCAGGAAAUUUUUUCAAGUAUAUAAUAUAAUAUUUAAAAAUAAUUUAAUCUUGUUUGUUCUGUAUAUAUGAUAAUUUUAUGAAAUCAGAAGGAAAACCAAUAUCUAAUUUUUGAGCGGUUUUUGGCUGGUUUUAAAGUCAGGUAAUUCUGAAAAGCUUGAAAUAAAGUCAAAAAUAAAUAUAUAUUACUUAAUAUAAUCAUACUCAUAAGGAAUUUAAAAUUUUUUAGUGUUACAACUCUUGAAUAAGCAGUGUGAUUAUUACUUAGUGUUUUAAAGCCUAACUUGAUUUCAUGGAAGAGUUACAUAUUAAUUUUUAAAUCAAUUAUAAAGUACCUACAUAAUGAUAUGGUGGUGAAUUAACAAAUUACCAAAUUUUUAUCUCUCUUUUUUUUUUUUACAAACUUUCAAAAAGUAUCAAAGUAGUAUGUGAUGUACAAAUCCACAUACCUUAAACGACCAAACCCUAAAGCUGUAACAUGUUAACAUAGUUCUUCAGUAACUUCAGCAGAAGACAGUAAAGUGUGUGUGUACAUGUAACCAGCUCCCUGAACAUGUAUGCAUCACAGUGUGCAAUCCAAUCUCUCACUUCUGGCUCUGUACUUUCUACAGUGCUUCAUCCUUCAGUAUUCUCUACCAGCUAACAACCCAAAAAACUCUCUUCAAUUAUUUUUUGUAAUGUCUUCUUAAUUCAGAAUUGACAUGCAUUUUUUCAGUCGCUCCCAGAAUUACGUCCUCAAUGUUCUUGUACCCUCGCAUACCUGUACAAUCACUUGUACACACUGCAUACCUGUACAAUCGCCUGUACACUUGUAUACUUGCACCCUUGUAGAUGUUUUUCAAAUAUUUGUGUACCCUACGAAUUUCUUUUCCCUCUAACUGUAAAGCUUCAUGCAACCAUUUUUAUUUUUUUAAUUUUUUAUUCCAUUUAAACUGUGACUCAGCUAAUAGACCCUAAGGGUAAUUAUUUUUGUGUUUUAAUUCGUACAGUAAAAUACAAUUUAUCGUUGUAAAAUAUGAUCUUGAGUAAUUGAUAGUUAUUAGGCUAAUAUACUGCAAAUGAAACCUUUUUUCUUAGGGUUUCAUCUGGAAGUGUAUUCUGUUGCAGAUCUAUGAUUAAAUAUUCAUUUUUUAAAAUGGUGUAUACUGUGUAAAGCCUGUGGAAUUUUAACUGAAAUAGUUCUAUUGGCAGUUGAAUGCUGUGGGUUUUAUACAAAAAAAUAUGAAAAGUAUGAUAAUUGUGAGUGAAUGUGUUGUUUUUGAACUGCCAUUAUUAUUUUUUCUUUAUAGACACAAUUGUGUUUCAUAUGUACAAUUGGGGACCAAGUCUUUAUACCUUGUAGAAUUUUUUGUAUUAGUGAGAACCACCAAGUAUACUAAAAAGUACUAUUUAGAAGGCUGUGGUAUACGGAGUAAUAGGUAACUGUAAUAUCUAAACCAAAGUUGUGGCUAAAAGGGGAUUGAUUUUGAUGAGGCAUUUAUUUAAUACCUUCAUUAAAAAUGGGAAGAAGGUGUGAAUAAGUAACUAACUCAAUUUAAAUUGUAAAUAGUGGUGUAGGACAUAAUGAAAAAGGUUUGGUGGUAUAAAAUCAUUUUUAAUUUGGACUGGGUAGGAACCACAACUGUGCUGAAUAAAGUGGUUUAGACAGCCUUUGUAGUGAAAAUUGAGUUAGCUUACUUUUACAAAUGAAUAAUUCAUAAAGUAGCUUUAAUUUUAAGGAAUAUAUAUUUGUAACAUCCUUGUAGCUGAAUUGAGUUGUGGUUUGCAUGGUAUUAUUUUGAGUUUAUUUUGUGAUCUUAUUUUAAAGAAACACAUUAGAAUGGCUGUGAAAUGUAAUUUUUUUUAGAGACUGUAAUGAUGUUGAAGUGAAACAUCUUAAUUUUUGUAUGAACGAUUCUGCGGCAGAAAAGACACAGAAAAGCAUUGCUUUGUGGAAACACUGACUUAUGUUCCUCUUCUGACAAAUAGCAACUUUUUUUCCUCACUCAGAUUUUUCAUCAAGGAUGUGUUUGACGUGACAUGUUCCGCAAAGUUGGAAAACUGCCCUCAUUCUUGGCGACAAGGUUUUGUUUCAAAGAAUAAAUAUACGUCCAGAGUAUCUGAAAAUGUGUGAUGCAUAUCUUAAUAUCCUUGGUAAUUUUUGUCACAAAAUUGACCCAAUGCAUAUUUAACAUGAGCAAAAAAAAUUUUGAUGUCUCCUACUGGAAAAAGCAAGAUAAAUCUUAAAUACUAUAGACUAUAAGCAAAUCAAGAUGUUUAACAUGAACAGCUAGAACCCAACCAAUGUGCUGUUUUUAUUACAUUUUUUUCUCAAAUAAAGUUUAAAAACAUUUGUUAUAUAUUUUGCAAAUGUUUUUAAAAGUUAAGCCCAUUAAAAUAAUGAGAGAAGAAUCAUAGAACACAGCGUAAAGUGUUCAACUCUUAUGGCUGUCUUUUAGAAAGUGUUCUCUCACAAACUUGACAUUCUGUAUGAUUUUAUUGUUUUAUUUAUUUUGUAUUAUUCUUUUUUUUAUUCUCUUGAGUUAUUUAACAGCCUGUAAAUUGUGAUUUCAAUCAUUCCUUAAUUUUGUAGACAUUUAACUCAGAAAUCUCUUGCUCACAUACGUUCCUGCUUCGCGGAUCAUUCCACCAACUACAAGAAUAAGAAUUUACCUCAAAAUAUUGACAAACUAUGUUACUGCCCCAAUUAUUGUAGGGCUCUGAGUAAGCCUUUCAUUUCAUAACACCUUUGCAAGCACUGAUCACCACAAUGUUUAAUAUUUAUAAAACACUUUAAAAAAAUUAAUUCUUUUACACAAUACAAAUAUUUUCCAUUAGUUUGAGGAACUAUUGUGUAUUAUACAAUGUUUAUUUCUUGGGGGAAAAAGAUUAUUUUCUUUUUUCCCAUACAGCAUACAAAAGAAGUGUCUUGGAGAAGUUUGGGUUUAGUCGUGGUAUUUCGUAGUCAAGCAGCGCAGCACGCAAUGGCAUUCAAACAACACGAAACUGGCACAUUUACCACAGCAAUAUAGCAGCUGAGGCGUUCGUAAACCGUUUCCGUCCAACUUGACCCGUCGACUACCAGAAUUUAACCGCGAUCAAUGCUGCUUGUAGUAACUGGUCCACAUGCUCCACAGGCCGACUUAUUCAUCAAUUGUUAUUUGAGCCAAUUGAAAUGCAAACCCCCACCGUGGCCAUUAAAAAAAAUUUUCCAGCGACUCUGUCGUGAUAGGCAACUUGCGAGUUCGUGCUAAUGAUGAAUGACGACUGACUUAGUUUUAUUUCCGAAGUGCAUUAACGAGGGGCUGAGAGAGAGAAAUAGUGUUGUGUAACUUUAGGUAUAAGGACAUUGUUUUGUCGAUUGCUGAGAGCUUCGGAACUAAGCACUAGCACUGCACUUGGGUGUCGAGAUGCGACUGAACUGUUUGCAUGUGUGUGCGCUGUGCUUUUGAAGCUGGAAUAUUGUGCCUGAUUCAUUUAUAUGCAACAAAUCAUGCAUUUAUCUAUGAUAGUUUUUGUACAUAAAUCAUUUUUUGUACUAUAAAUUAUAUGCCUAAGAAUAACUAAUAUAUACAUUAAUACAUAUUUAAUAUAUUUCUUUGUUAAGUUGGAGAGUUCAAUUAGGCUGUAGAUAUUUUUGGCCAAAGGACAAUGUGUAACAUUGGAUGAAUAAAAAUUAUGCUACCUUAA